GUGUUGGGAGACGGGAAAAUCUGAGCCGAGCAGGGCCGGGCUGUCCUAUCUUGUGUCCUGUCGUGUCCUGUCCUGCCGGGACACGUCGGGGGGAUCACAGGACUAUCAAGCUGUCCACUGAGAAAAACUGCAACUCCUCCGUGUUUGCCUGCUGCUUGCCAGAGAUUAAAGCUUCACCAGCUGCAGGAGUGCUGGGGGAAGCCGUCUGUCGAGAUUUCUCCCUCCCUUUGGCUCAUACAUAGUUCCCGUUCACCUCGGUUUUUAUGUUGUGGGAGGUACUGAGAGCCUUUGGGGGAGUGUUUUUUUUCUUUCCUGAGCCUGAAUAAAUCUUGCAGGAAGGCUGCAAACAGCCCAGGUAGAGAGGGAACUCCACCCUGCACCCGGGCAGGCCACAGCUAAUUGCCAUGAACUCUUGACCUGGACCUCACCACGUUGUUCGUGUGUAACUCUGCACAACGACGAUGGCUUCCAUCGAGGAGCGCACCUUCAUCGCCAUCAAGCCCGACGGCGUCCAGAGGGGGCUGGUCGGGGAGAUCAUCAAGCGCUUCGAGCAGAAAGGAUUCAAACUGGUGGCCAUGAAAUUAAUACAUGCCUCUGAAGACCUUCUGAGAGAACACUACAUUGACCUCAAGGACCGGCCCUUCUACGAUGGGCUGGUGCAGUACAUGCACUCGGGACCUGUUGUGGCCAUGGUGUGGGAAGGUCUUAACGUGAUUAAGACUGGAAGGGUGAUGCUGGGAGAAACUAAUCCAUUCGAUUCCAAGCCUGGCACUAUUCGUGGUGACUUCUGUGUUCAAGUGGGAAGGAACAUCAUUCAUGGAAGUGAUUCUGUGGAAAGCGCUGAGACGGAGAUCAAUUUAUGGUUCACUCCUGAAGAACUGGUUGAUUACCGAAGCUGUGCUCAUGAGUGGAUCUAUGACUAACACUGAGCCUGCAUCUUCUGAUAUCCCUCCUGCCCGUGAGCAGCUGCCAGCCUCUAGCUAUUCCAAAGCCCUGGUAGAAACCUCAGGAAUCUGUGAGAUUGCUCUGUUGUGAAUGUUAAAUAGAGCCAGUGUUUGCUGCUGCUUUGAUUUAAAAGCUGUCCAGUCAUAGAUGGAAUUGUACUUUUAAAAAGCUGCUUCUGGGGUUGAGAGAUAUGAGAUUAAGACACAGAGCAUAUGAAAAAUAUAUAUUUUCCUGGAACACUUUAUAGCCAUAGAGAGUAUUUUGGUAAAUAGAAAAAAAAAAUUUGGUCAGAAAAUGUCCAAUAAUUCCAUGUGCAAAUGGCUUGGUGUUAGAAGUUAACUUUGUUCAAAUGUUAAAGAACAACUGGUGGUUUGUGAGUAUAUUGCUAAGAUGUCCAAAUGCUGAGGAUUGAAUUUGAUAUCAAGUGUGCCCCAUGACCAAAACAGCUGCAGAAAAAAAGCCUAUUUCUCCCCCCAAAAUGCUCUGUGCCGGUACACAGAGCUCAGCUCUGAUUAACAUGACAACUGUCCUCCACACUAACACUGUUUUAACUUGCUUUUUUUCCCCCCACAUGGGAUUUAUUUAGCAUUUUAAGGAAAGAUUAACUGACCAGGCUUUAUGAAAUGCCCUUUUAUGUGAAAAGAAGAUUAAUGUGAGGAUGGAUGAGGGAGAUCUACCUUCAGCCACUUCACAGCAGCAGCCCUCUGGCAUUGCACAGAGCAAUAAGUGAUGUUUGCUUUGCUGGCUGAACAGCUGAUAAUUUAGGGUUUGAUAAUUCAGGUUUGUUCUCAUUUGUGUCCUUUCCAUAGUAGUUGGAACUACAAAGCAAACUGUCCUUGGAUGAAGUGUUUCAGAAGUGUUUUGUAUGAAUUUAAUGAUGUAAAGAAGUACAGUCAUAGUAAUGCUGUAGGUAUUUCAGUAGAGCUCUCUGCUUCUAUCAGAGAGAAACACCAGCCUCUUGCAGAACUUUUAGCAGCAAAAGUUGUACUGGAUGAGGAACAAGUUGGGAUUGAUAUUAUGUAUUUAUUUACCUGCAACAUUAUAUUCACUAAGAGCAAGUGUUUCAUGGAAUUAGUUGUUUGAACCCCACGAUUUUUUUCCCUAUAGUGAGACUCAAAUAAUGAACUGUGCAAUGUAUGUUGAACUGAAUGCUUAUGAUACUUUAUAGAGACAUUGAGCUCCUAAAAAAGAGAUGGUACAAAAUGAAGCAUUUGCUGUUUCUUAAGUGAAAUAAAAGGAUAUUUUAAUUAUA